AUGUCGCUAACGAAUUAUUAUUCCAUGAUGGGGCUCCAGACUGAGGAGCCGUACGGGGCACAUUUCAUCCCGGGAGGCUUGCAGGGUUCGACGGCCGGCUGCACGAAGCCAGCCCGGAGAGCGGAGGAGGAGGAGGAGGAGGGGACCCCCGGCUCACACAUUCCGGAUUUUUCGCAUUUUUCCAACAAACAAGCGAGCUUAAAUGGCUUUUCUCCCUGGGUGAACACCUCGACUUCUCCUUCGCCCUCCUCUCCGCAGCUGCAGUCCACCCCCGGCGCCUCCAUCCCCGGCCUUUUUCACCCACACCACCUCCUGAGCCACCAACACCACCACCACCACCACCACCCAUACUACGGCCCGCAGACGCAGACCCAUGCCGAGCACCUCGCACCUUCCGCGGUCGCUUCCGACAGCAGGUUCGUCCGCUGCUGGGAGGGGGCGACCCCCACCUCGGAUUCCUCGCUGUCACACGCCUCGUCCGGGUUUCCCGGGUGUGUCCCCGCUCAGGGUGACCUCUCCGAUCCGAGCCCGAGGUACGAGGCGGUCAAACCCGAGAGUUCGCCUCCGCCUCCGCCACCGCCGCCUUCGCGCGACAGCCCUGCGGAUUCCAGCUUCGCCAGCCCGACCGAGGUGGUCCUCGAGCGGCUCGGGACGGUGGAGGAGCUGGGACGGAAGCCGGAGCCCAAAAAGGAGGACGAGGAGAGAAAAACAAAGAUUGACCCGGAAAACCCAGCAGCUAGCUGGAUGUACGCCAAGUCCACCCGGAAGAAGAGGUGUCCGUACACCAAACACCAGACCCUGGAGCUGGAGAAGGAGUUCCUCUUCAACAUGUACCUGACCAGGGACCGGCGCCUGGAGGUGGCGGGACUCUUAAAUUUGACAGAGAGACAGGUCAAGAUCUGGUUCCAGAACAGACGGAUGAAGAUGAAGAAGCUGAUGAUCAGAGAGAGGAGGGGUGUGAAUGAAUGA